CGUGGACGCCGGGCGACAUCGCUUCCCUCGCCCUAUUUAAGGGUCGGUGAGGAGCCAGAGCGGAUCAGAGCGGAUCAGAGCGGAGACCUCGCAGUCCCAUCACAGCGGCACACUUCACGGUUAGCGGGAAAACGCUCCGGAUGUUUUUUUUCUCGCGGAGAUCCACAACGGACACAAAGACCUGGACCGGUUGACUUUGAGUUCCCUGGAACCAGAGCGGAGCCUUCUUCCUUCCGGAGACUCGGCAGAUCGUUCAGGACUGGAAACCAGACUUUCCCCAAAGAAGAAUCCCACGUCGCUCCUGACUUCCUGUCGCCAUGAGUAGCGGCGGCACCACCACCGUUUCACCACCGGAGCCCCAGGCGUUCAAGCGGGCGGUUCGGAAGAUCAAAUGCGCCGUCAUGGUGGCCAACCUGGCGAAGAGCUGGCAGGGCUGGGCCGCCGAGCGCUCCGAGCAGCAGGACGCCAUCCCGAGCGGCUGGAUGCCGACGUCCGUCGAGGAGAACGCCGAGAAAAACCACGAGGUCAAACUCACCGUCGCUCCGCGGGUGAUAGCGGCGGACCCCGCCGCCGCCGCAGGGAGCAAGAUCCGGACGGGGUCGGUGAACAAGACCGUGCAGCCGAGACGCAGCGAGUGCGGCGGCGGCGGCGAUGUGUUCAACGCCAUCCGAGGCAAGAUGGAGUCGGGUCCGGCGGCGGAGAGCAAGCCCUUCCUGGGCAACGAGUCGCCGACGCGGCGGCGCCAGAUGAGGGCGCUGCAGGAGAAGACGCCGGGCUGGAGGAGCAGCAGCGUGGACACGGAGGACGGCGGGCUGGGAGAGGAGGCGGGGCUCAGUGACCACGGCGAGGCAAACACUGAGGCGGGCGAGAUCAAGACGCCCAGACACAGCGACCGGCCCAAGAUUAAGAUCUCCACGGGGAGCGAUGUGAAGCGGCGCUGGCAGCAGUGGUCCAUGCAGCACAUGGCGGGCCAGAGGCUCAACCCCUUUAGCGAGGACUUCGACCACGAGUUUGCGAUGGCCCAGCGCCUCCGCAAGGGCGACGCCGGCUACGGCCGGCCCAAAGACGGCUCCAAGACGGCGGAGAGGGGCGACCGCGCCCAGAAACACGUCCACAGGGAGAUGGAGGAGAUGGUGUGGAUCAUCAGAGACAUGGGCAUCAAGGACAAGGAGGGCAGGACCGUCAUCUCCUUCGGACGCCUCUUCGACCGCUACGUGAAGAUCUCGGAUAAGGUGGUGGGCAUCGCGCUGCGCUGCCGCAAGCACAAGAUGCUGGACUUUGAGGGGGAGAUGCUGUGGAAAGGACAGGACGACCACGUCAUCAUCACGCUGACGGACUGAGGGCCCGACGCUGGAUACGUGUGCAGGAAAGAUCGAGGAAACUGAAAUAUAAUAACGUGUGAUUGUAAUAUCAGCAACGAAGGAAACAAUAGUUUUAGUAAUCGGUAACGAAAAAUGGAAGAAAUACAAAAUCCCCAAAAAUAAAAAGUACGUUUUUGGUGAUGUGUUACGACAACAUCCGGUUGUGAAAAGUGACGCAAAUGCUGAAGCGUCUUAAACCUGUCUUAAUCCUGGUUGUAUAGAAGGCUAUGCUUCAUGUGUUAAAGCUGCAUUCUCUCUCCUAACCACCAGGGGCAACUCCUCUGGUUGUAUAGAAGUCUAUGCGUCAUGUGUUAAAGUUGCAUUCUCUCUCCUAACUACCAGGGGGCGACUCCUCUGGUUGUAUAGAAGUCUAUGCUUCAUGUGUUAAAGCUGCAUUAUCUCUCCUGACCACCAGGGGGCUCCUCUGGUUGUAUAGAAGUCUAUGCUUCAUGUGUUAAAGCUGCAUUCUCUCAUGACCACCAGGGGGUGACUCCUCUGGUUGUAUAGAAGUAUAUGCUUCAUGUGUUAAAGCUGCAUUCUCUCUCCUGACCACCAGGGGGCGACUCCUCUGGUUGUAUAGAAGUCUAUGCUUCAUGUGUUAAAGCUGCAUUCUCUCAUGACCACCAGGGGGUGACUCCUCUGGUUGUAUAGAAGUAUAUGCUUCAUGUGUUAAAGCUGCAUUCUCUCUCCUGACCACCAGGGGGCGACUCCUCUGGUUGUAUAGAAGUCUAUGCUUCAUGUGUUAAAGCUGCAUUCUCUCUCCUGACCACCAGGGGCGACUCCUCUGGUUGUAUAGAAGUCUAUGCUUCAUGUGUUAACGCUGCAUUCUCUCUCCUGACCACCAGGGGGCUCCUCUGGUUGUAUAGAAGUCUCUAUAGUGACUCUACUUCUCUUGAUGUUUUCCCUCAGUAAACAUUGUAAACAUGA